AUGGCCUCCCUUGCUGCAGCAAAUGCAGAAUUUGGCUUUGACCUCUUCAAAGAGAUGGACAACAGUCAGGGAAAUGAAAAUGUGUUCUUGUCCUUUCUGAGCAUCUUCACUGCCCUGAGCCUGGUCCGUUUGGGUGCUCAAGGAAAUUGUGCACGGCAAAUUGAUAAGACCCUUUAUUAUAACAUAGGACGUGGAAACUCUUCCAACAACCAGCCAGGACUCCAGUAUCAAUUGAAAAGAGUUCUUUCUGAUAUAAAUUCAUCCCACAAGGAUUAUGAACUCAGCAUUGCCAAUGGUCUUUUUGCAGAAAAAAUAUUUGACAUUCAUAAGAACUACAUUGCAUGUGCUAAAAAAUUAUACGAUGCCAAAGUAGAACGGGUGGACUUUACAAAUGAUGUAGAAGAUACCAGAAACAAGAUUAAUAAAUGGAUCGAAAAUGAGACACAUGGCAAAAUAAAGAAGGUGUUUAGCGAUGGCAGCAUCAGCUCCUCCGCGGUCAUGGUGCUGAUAAAUGCGGUGUACUUCAAGGGCCAGUGGGAGUUGGCCUUCACCAAGAACGAGACCUUAAAUUGCCGGUUCAACUCUCCCAAGUGUCCUGGGAAGCCAGUUGCCAUGAUGCAUCAAGAGCGGAAGUUCAACUUGUCCACUAUUCAGGAUCCAUCCAUGCAGGUUCUCCAGCUCAGGUAUCACGGUGGCAUAAGCAUGUACAUUCUGCUGCCCGAGAAGGACCUAUCUCAAGUUGAGAACAAACUGUCCUUUCGGAAUCUAAUGAAGUGGACCAAUCCAAGAAAAAUGACCUCUCAGUAUGUGGAGGUGUUUCUUCCGAAGUUCAAGAUAGAGAAGAACUAUGAAAUGAAAGGGCAUUUGAGCACCCUGGGGCUGAAGGAUAUGUUUGAUGAGUCCAGAGCUGAUCUCUCUGGAAUAGCUUCAGGAGGUCGCCUCUAUAUAUCAAAACUAAUGCACAAGUCUUACAUAGAGGUCACCGAGGAGGGCUCAGAGGCAACUGCUGCCACAGAAAAUAACAUUGUGGAAAAGCAGCUCCCUGACUCGACGGUGUUUAAAGCUGAUCACCCCUUCCUGUUUGUCAUCAGGAAGAAUGACAUCAUCUUAUUUGGUGGCAAAGUUGCUUGCCCUUGA